AUGGACGUACUCACCUCCGUAGACCCGACCUCAUCCCAACCAUCCUCAUCGGACCCCUUCCACCCAUCCUUCUUCGAACUUGCCGCCCAAUCGCAGCUGUCGGACCUCAUCAAACCCGCGGUCCGCUAUGUCCUCGCCGUUCUCGCCCAGCGCAAUCCGCGCUACCUGCUGCGCGCCGUCAACUCGUUCGACGAGAUCUACGCGCUCCUCAUGGCCGGGAUCGAAACGCACUACCUCACCGUCUGGGGCAGCAGCUUCUCCGAAAACUUCUACGGUCUUCGUCGACGUCGUCGACCCGGUCUGAAUCGCAGCGUGGGUGCGACGAGCUUGACCGUAGCGAGCAGCGAGAGGUUGGGCAAGAGGGAGAUCAGGUUGAGUCUGUUGUGGUUGGUAGGGCUGCCGUGGUUGGGGGCCAAGUUGGAGGAUGUUUGGGAGAGAAAUGGUGGUGGGUUGACGAAUGUGGGGAGUUUGUUUGGGGAGGAUGAUUCUGCAGCAGCGACGAGGGGAAGAUUUGAGGACGGGGACACGCGGACGUUGAGGGAGAAGGUCAAGUCGGCGGUGAUGGAAGCGUUCAAGACGGGAUAUCCGUAUGCGAAGACGUUGUAUCAACUCUGGUUGUUGACGUACAACGUACGCUACCUGUUCGACAAGACACCUUACUGGAGACCGUGGUUCUCCCUGAUGCGAGUAGACGUCCGUCGAGUAGGUCCCAACGACGGUCCACGAAAGAACCUCCUCCCCUCCAAGAUGCCGAGCUUGGUACGUCAACCAGCCAAAUUCUUCUUUGUACUACUCAAAUUGGCACCGGGUGUGGUGUACGAAGGUUUGAAGUACGGAUUGCCGGCGAGCAUAUUUUUCUUCAAGUUCCUCGAAUGGUGGUACGGCGCAGACAACCCUCGACGACGUCGUACCAACCACUCCAGCAGCAACGGCGCAGGCGGUGCAGAAGAGACGCACAAUCCAUCGCUCGAUCCACCCGCACCUCUCCUCCCCGACCUCCAAACCGGCGUACUCUCCAACGUCCCGCAAUCCAUCCAAGAUACCCUACCCAACUACAAAUUGCCUCAGAUCUUCGCUCUCAGCGGGAAACUCCUCGAUCAACUCGAAUCCUCCUCAGAACAGGAGGUGAAACCAAAUCUCAUCGACUCGAAACCUUCACAACAAAGGAGGAGGUUGAUCCACAACUCCUGUCCACUCUGCGGUGCUAUGCCGAUCAACAAUCCGGCCGUGCUGCCGAGCGGAUACGUGUUCUGCUACACGUGCGCUUUCGAGUACGUCGAGAAGCACGCAAGGUGUCCCGUGACGUCGUUGGAGGUUCCGGAGCGAAAGGAUGCGCUGCGAAAGGUGCUCGGGUGA